CGCGUGUCCGUCUCUCUCAAGCUCUCAUCUAUGCGCUCCGCGUCCGUGGCAGCAUCCACUCACUCUUUUACUACUGCCUGCGAUGUGACUCCACGCCGCUCGCUCGCUGGAAUAUCACCCUGCGUGACAAGUGACGGAUUUUACGCGCACGCCACGCCGUCCUGUUUUCUAAAAUCAAGAGGACACCGCUGCAGCGGCUAAUGCCUUUUACCAUGACUGUGGGAUUAAUAACGAUAUUGUGUGCUGUAACGGCCGUUUUCGCAAUGGAAGAAACAUUAAUGGACACCCGGACUGCCACAGCAGAGCUCGGGUGGACGGCGUACCCUUCGUCAGGGUGGGAGGAAGUAAGCGGCUAUGAUGAAAACCUCAACACCAUCCGAACGUACCAGGUGUGCAACGUCUUUGAGUCCAGCCAGAACAACUGGCUGCUCACCACCUUCAUUGCACGUCGUGGUGCUCAGCGCAUCUACGUGGAGAUGCGUUUCACUGUCCGAGACUGCAGCAGCAUCCCACGUGUGCCUGGAUCCUGUAAGGAAACCUUUAACCUAUACUACUACGAGACAGACUCUGUCAUCGCCACCAAGGGUACGGCGUUCUGGAUGGAGGCUCCGUAUUUGAAGGUGGACACCAUUGCGGCAGACGAGAGCUUCUCGCAAGUGGAUUUUGGUGGUAGAUUGAUGAAAGUGAACACGGAGGUGCGGAGCUUCGGCCCAUUGUCAAAAAACGGCUUUUAUUUGGCAUUCCAGGACUAUGGUGCAUGCAUGUCCCUGCUGUCCGUCCGUGUGUUUUAUAAGAAAUGCCCGAGCGUGGUGCAGAACUUUGCGAUAUUUCCAGAAACCAUGACUGGGGCAGAGAGCACCUCACUGGUGAUUGCUCGAGGGAUGUGCAUUCCAAAUUCUGAGGAAGUGGACGUGCCGAUUAAGUUGUACUGUAAUGGUGACGGGGACUGGAUGGUUCCAAUUGGGAGCUGCACCUGCAAGGCGGGAUUCGAGCCGGAUAAUGGGAACGUCUGUCGAGCUUGUCCUCCAGGAACGUUCAAGUCCAGUCAAGGUACAGGUUUGUGUCUUCAGUGUCCGUCCAACAGCAGGUCCACAUCUGAAGCCGCCACUAUCUGUGUCUGCAGGAAUGGCUACUACAGAGCAGACGGAGAGCAGCCAGACACGCCCUGCACUAGUGUUCCCUCUGGACCAAGAAACGUCAUCUCUAUUGUGAACGAGACCUCCGUGACUCUGGAGUGGCACUCUCCGCGUGAGACGGGUGGCCGUGAUGAUGUUGUGUACAAUAUUAUUUGUAAGAAAUGCCAGGCGGACCGCCGUUCCUGCUCCCAUUGCGACGAUAAUGUGGAAUUUCAGCCCCAGCAGCUGGGACUGACCGAAUCCAGAGUUUUCAUCAGUAACCUGCUGGCACACACUCUCUACACCUUUGAGAUCCAGGCAGUCAACGCUGUCACCAACAAGAGCCCGUAUCCUGCCCAACACAUCUCCAUAGACAUCACAACCAACCAGGCUGCUCCGUCCAUAGUUCCCAUAAUGCAUCAAGUCAGUUCGACAAUGAAAAGCAUCACAUUGUCAUGGCCACAGCCUGAACAGCCCAAUGGAAUUAUUCUCGAUUACGAGCUACGCUACUAUGAGAAGGAGCUGUCUGAGGUGAACUCCACGCAGGUGAGGAGUCAGAAGAACACGGCUCUUGUGGAUGGAUUACGGCCUGGCACCAUGUACGUGAUGCAGGUUCGCGCCAGGACGGUUGCCGGAUUCGGCAAAUACAGCAGCAAAAUGUGCUUCCAAACCCUCACAGAUGCACGUCCUGCCUGAUGACUGUGCCAGGGAUACACACACACACACACAUUCCAGGGGGACUGGACUCUACAGGACAGAAAGACAUCCGCCAGGCAGCUGGCUAUUUCCCUGGGCUUCACACACACUUUACCUGUCCAGCUCUCUUGCACAUUCAUUUUUUUAUGCUUCAUCUUUUACACAACCCUCCUUGUCUUUGCUGUCACACUGGUGUAAAUAUAACUGAACUGCACUGGCAAACUGGGACAGACGUACAAAGAGACACACGUCUAAUGUGUGAACAUGGCCCUGUUUGUAGAUGGUGUGUUACAUCCUUCUAUACUAUUAUUCAUGCAUUUUUGCUUUAGAGCUGCAUUUAUGCAUGUUAUCCAAAGUGACUUGCAUUGCAUUCAAGGUAUGUGCAUUAUCAGUUAAUGCAUUCUCUAAGAAUCAAUCCCAGAACAUUGGCUUUGCUAGCAUCAUGCUUUACUGUUUGAGCUACAAGAUAUUUAUAAUAUUCCUAAAACACACCAAUCAGCUAUGUAGUGAAAUCGCAUAUUCAAGAAUGCUUGUAACAAACUUGCAAAUUAGACAUAUAAAUACACACAAUCAUAAUAUGCACGGCUGAAUUUUGUGUUUGUUUCAUGCAUUUGUGUGUGAUUUGAUGAUUAAUUUGUAUGUUUCAGUUUUU